CUCCACUACGCUACUUUCGCGCUCGUGAGAACUUCUGAGUUAAAGUUAGUGUCAAGAAAAGAAAAGAGAAGAGAAGAGAAGAGAAGAGAAGAGAAGGUCUCCUGUUUAUGAGAGACCGAGAGCAGCCAUGGCUGAGUCACAGCUAGAGUGCAUGGAAGACGGCCGGAUUGGUGAGAACAUCCCCGAGUCCAGGCCGGAGUUUUACUACAGCGAGACGCAGCGCGUGGCGCUCGAGGAACUGCUGAAGAACGGAGACGGUGCGUUCAAGACGUGCCUGGAUAAGGACAACGCCAAGAACUUCCUGUCGGCGAGCGAGAUCAAAGUGAUCCACAGCACUGUCGAAACAUACAGCACGCACGAUGACAGCGGAGCAGCAACGGCUCGAAAGCAUGCAGACGACUCGACGUCUUUACGCUCGACCUACUGGCCUGAGAUGUCCGACACCGAAGUGCCGCUGCUGGACAUCGGCUGGCCGAACAGUGGCUUCUUUAAAGGGGUCACGCGUGGAAUGGUGUACACACACCCGCCCAAAGACAAUGGGCCACACAUUAAAGAAGUUGUCCGUAGGCUGAUCCAAGAAGCACAUAAGGUUGUAGCUAUUGUGAUGGACCUUCUCACAGAUCUUCAGAUCCUACAAGAUCUGCUGGAUGCAGCUUCCAGGCGUAACGUUGCUGUCUACAUUAUACUGGACAGUAAGGGAGGGCCACAUUUCCUCGACAUGUGCAGAAGGCUGGAGGUCAGCCCUCACCAUAUCCAGAAUAUCCGUACCCGCAUGCUGAGAGGUGUAGGACUUGACCUGUCCUUUGGGAGAGUCCCUGGGAGUUUGAGCAACAAAUACAUGCUUAUAGAUGGAGAAAAAGUGAUGUUCGGAUCUUACAGCUUCUCAUGGAGUUCAUCACGUAUGGACAGAAACAUAAUCACCGUCAUGUCAGGACAAAUUGUCGACUCCUUCAACCGGGACUUUAGGGAGCUUUAUGCCAUCUCACGUGAGCUCAACCUCUUCAAGGAGUUCAGCAUCAGUAAACGUAAUACAGCAGCAUCAACCCGGGUGACUGUACCGACACGGCCCGCACUGCCAGCCACCUCUCGCUUCCAAGUGAGUCUGGGAGACAAGGGCACUCUGAAAGUGCCUGCCCACAAAUACCACAACCCUAAAUACCUGCUAGCACUUGGCAACCUUCCUGAUGACAUCAGCUCUCCACAUGAUCUAAUCAAUAAAAUGGUAGAAUCUAAUAAAAAGUAUGCAGCAGAGGGGAAUCCAGUGGAAGAAGACAGUGAGAUGCUGCAAGAGCAGACCCCAUCCUCGUCUCUGAAGGGCAAUAAAGGUAUCAAAUUGUCAUGUGUACCUUCGAAAAAGAAAAGAUUUACUUUCCAGCGAAAAUCUAAACAAAAAGGAGCUGGUAAGGAUGUGGGGGGAGAAGUGGGUAAGGAAGAUCCUGGUCCAUCCGCUACCACAAAACUGACACCACCCACUAAUACCAUAGAGGACAUCACAGAGAGUCCAGAGGAACCUACUGCUGAAACAUCAAUGUCUGAGAAAACAAAGCGUAAAAAGAAGACAAAGAAUAAAAAGAACAAGUCAUCACAAAGUGAAGAUCAGGGUCCAGAAAGCCAUAAAGACAGCAAGAAGGGCUGUGCCAUCUCCUGAAGACUUGAAUGAAACAAAUACACUUGAAAAAGAAAUGAAAUCCAAGUUUCCCCUCACUCCAACAGAGGCUAAUCAGCCAACGUGUAGCUAAUAUUUGCUAGUUUCAUUUUACAAACUAAUUUAGCAAAUCUCCCAAAAACUUUGUUUUAAAUACUUCACAUUCCCAAAUCUCACUUCUAGGUCAAAUACAGAAUAUUGUAUUAUAUAGAUCAUCUAUACAACCAGUGCUAGAAAGCAUAAUGGCCCCAAGUUAUGUUAGUGGUCCAAGAUGGUUGCCUACAUGGCCUUUAGCAAUACUAUGAUGAGUGAGGGCUAAAAAUAAUUUGAAAAUUCCCACCCACUAGCUAGCUCUGCCGUACCACACAACAGCUACCAACCAGAGAGAACCUGAGAAACAUGAAGCAAGCCUCAGAAACUCUUUCGAAUUGCUGCUCAUGUUAUGACAUAAAGCUUCUGAACAGACACAGAGGAACUAAAUAUGCCCUCAUGAAGACACCCACGAUUUGUUAACUUUGAUAUGAUUAACACGGGAGAGUAAGGCCAUACCUUCCUCCCAGAGAACAAAUACAAUAAUGCUUAAUUGUUUUCUAAUGAGUACUAUUGCUAAGUAAAGGGUUUCUAGUCCGUGAUCAUGCUGUCCCAGCAAGCAUGCCCACAUUGGUCCUUCACAGGCAAGCCGUGGGUAAGGUGGGCCAGGGCUAAACCAUAAAAUCUCAUAUUGGCCCAGGGUUAUUUGCAUAUUUGUGCAACAUUGACCUCAGCAUUGGCCCAAUAUGAGCAGCACAAAUUGGGCUAACAUCACACCAAUGUGCAAACCCCAUAUAGGACAGUGUGAACUGCCUCACUAGCCAACAACAUGUUGGCAUGUUUGCUGGGGUGUCCCUUCUACAGUUGCAAUCAAAAUUAUUCAACCCCUAUUGCAAAUCAGGUUUAUUGUCAA